CCGGGCGCGUGCGCAGGACCCGAUGGGUGCCCGAAUGCGGAAGACCUGGCUCCGCGGAGGUUCCCGCUUCCGAAGCGUGGGAGGAGCAAAAGAAGGCAGGUUGUAGAUUUUGGUCUUGGCACCAAGGGGUUCCCCGGGCCAUUAGAAACAAAGAGAGGAAGAUCAGGCACCGUGGUGGUGGCUGAGGGGCUGAACCCCCCACCUGUUCUCCAGGUGGGAGGGGGGUAGGGAGAGGAGAAGUACCGAAAACAGGGCUGAGGAGCCUCUGGGACAGGGUCCCAGAGCAUGGGGGGCUGGACCCCGUCCCUAAGCAUGGGGAGCUGGAGCCGCCAAGGCCGCCCAACUGGGUCCUGCCCAACUGUCAGCUCCUCAGUGAUAGCGCCGCCCGGGCAGCUGCAGGGUCUAUAGCCCGGCCCCCGCUUGAGGUCCUUGGCUAAAAGAUAGCAUGAGUUCCGCUGCUGCCUAGUUUCCUCUCCCUCCUACUCUUCUCCCCUGCCCUCUUUCCUCUCCUUCCUUCUCCCCCAUACAUUGUCCUUCUUUUCCUCCCCGCCCCCGCCUGCUCCUCUUCCCUCCCUCCGACCCUUCCCUCCUUCUCCCCCCUAUCUUUCAAUUCCUUCUUUCCUCCGCCUUUUACACUGUUUUCAAUCUGUCCUUUCCCCUCCCGUUUGCUCUUCUCCAACCUCCUUUCACCCCCUUUUCUUCUUUCUUCCUUUAUUCUGUCACCCUCCAUUACCUUUCCACUCUCCUUCCCUCCUUCGAUAUCAUCCCUCCUCAUCCUCAUCCUCAUCCUCAUCCUCCUUCCCUCCUGCUUUUCUCCGCCCCUUAGCCCCCGCCCCUAAGCCUCCGCCCCUUAGCCCCCGCCCCUAGCUGCCAGUCCCCAGCAGCUCAGUCCUGCCGUGAGUCCAUAGCUAAGCACCAGGAGCUGAGCACUGUUCGCUGUGCCUGGCUGCAAGUCUCCGACAUGGCCCAGGAGAAAAUGGAGCUGGACUUUGAGCGUGGCACAUCUAAUGGGGGCACCCUGAGGAGAUCCAGCAGCGCUCCCCUGAUUCAGGGGCUCAGUGACCUUUCACAGGGUUUUCAGCCUUACGCAUUUAGAACUCGGUGGAAUAGUACAACGAUUAUGAGCAGUCACAGGCUGGUGAGUAUAGAAUUGCUGUCAUCCUCAUCUGAUGGGAUUUCUAGUAGCAGACUGCAUCAAAUCAAAAAGGAGGAAGGCACGGAUAUCAUGAACAGAGAAACUGCCCAUGAAAGGGAAGUGCAAGCGGCAAUGCAGAUAAGCCAGUCAUGGGAUGAGAGCUUGAGCCUGAGUGAUAGUGAUUUUGACAAGCCAGAGAAAUUAUAUUCUCCUAAAAGGAUUGACUUCACUCCAGUUUCUCCAGCACCAUCACCCACCAGAGGACUUGGAAAGCAAUGUUUUUCACCUUCCUUACAAAUGUCGAGCAGCAGUGGGCUACCACCAAGUCCCACUCCUAGUCCGAGACACUUAUCCAGCAGAAGGAGUCAGAGCCCAGUCAAAUGCAUUCGACCCAGUGCUCUUGGUCCUCUUAAAAGAAAAGCUCAAAUGGAGCUUCCAUUUCCAGAUAAAGAACUUCAAAACCAAGGUGAAAUGGAGUCCGAAAGCCAGCCUAAGAGGCUCUUCCAAGGCACUACCAAUAUGCUGCCUCCGGAAAAUGCACACUUGUCUGAUCUCAGUUCAUGGUGGUGUUAUCAAGGAGAAGAAAUUCCUGCCUUGACCAGAUGUGUGGAGCACCUACAAAUGAAUGAAUAAUGUUAUUUACCCACUAACUACUGUCUAGAAAGCAUACAUGAAGCUUGACAGCUUGCCCUGGGUGGUAUUAUGAGGCCUGAGAUGCCUUGGGGUAAAGAUGUAUAUCAUAAGGUACCUAGAAAAGGGGGCUUUAUGUGACUGCCACAUACUGUUUUGAUUGCUGCUUUUUUCUGAUUACUUUUGUGACAUUAAAUUCUUUUGUUUUGUCGUGUGAUGAGUGGUGCUGCUGACUGUGUUUUGGUCAUUGUGUUGCCACCAGAAUCAGAAUCCAGUUCUUUUUCAUGCUGCCUUAUAGCAAGGCAAUUUAAUAUCUAUGUGGAGUAGGAACUGAAAAAAAAAUCAAUGUUAUUGUGAACUCUGCUUUUAAGAAGCUGUUUGAGCUGUGAACAUUGUACAUGAUAGUCUGAGAUACCAGAAGUUAAUUUUUAAAAGGUAAAUCCUGAAUGGAGCUAUUUUAAAAACCUGAAUGUAGUCUAUUGUUGUGUUAUUUAUUAUUUAAAAUUGUGUAAAAAUGUCUGUCAUGAUAGAUUUCUUUUAAUGUUCAUAUAUUGUGGGUGGAUAGUCUGUAUUUAAUAUGCAAAUUUGCCUGCUAGGAUCAUAGUAUUCCAUUUUUGAAUGUAUGUAAGAAACGAAAACUACUGCACUUGUGUGUUUUGAAGGCAAAGAUCCUUGAAUCUUGAAGGAAGAUGUUGCACUUUGCAGGUACUCGCUGACUAGUAAUACUGAAUAGCUUGAAGGGAAACAUAUUCUCUUUGAAUUAUAAGAGAGCAUCACUUAGCUAGCAAUAAGUAGUUCUGUUACAGCAUCAGAUGCGUUGUUUAUUUUAAAUAGUAAUAACCACCAUUAAUGGCUUUAUUUCUCAUAUUGCUUUCACCUGUGCAAAGGCCAUAAUCCUUCAAACCUAACAUAAAUGUGUAUAUUAUGAAGAUUGUUCUCUAGUAUGCCAUUUUAAAGAAACAUUAUUUCUGUGGUAUUCAGUGUAUUUAUUCUGUUUGUAAAAGAACCAUGUUAAGAUGUUUCUUCCUAUAUAAUAUUGAGCGAUGGUUUUAUCUUACAGGAUACUUAUCCACAUUCACUCUACUGUCUUUUUGCCUUAAAGGGACACUUUUGGCUAUUUAGUGGCUCUAAUUUAGAACUCUUAAGAAAUAACCUUUGGAAUGUGAUAUUUAUUUUUCAAAUUCAGUGGUGGGGUAGAAUUAGGGCAGGAAAAUGAAAUUGUUCCAAUGGUAUGAGAACUAGGAAGCAAGAUGGUUAACUUUAUUGUUUAAAAGGACUAGGAAGUUAAAUUUCUGCAGGGAUUGUUUUGAGAUAAAUAAAAGGUAGAGAUGCUAAUCUUCAGAUUAGCUUGGUUAAGAGAACCCCUUUAUUUUUAUAUAAAAUUUAAUAUUUGAAAAGUGAUCAUUGUUAUAAAUUAAAAUUAUCUCUUCCUAUUCUAUAUUAUAUCAUAUUUCAGGCUUCUAUUUGAAGAUAAAUACAAGAGAUGAUAUGGUAAGAAAAUCCUAUAGAUGAUGCUCUUUUUCCUUGACUGACUUAUGUAAUCAUUGUAUUUCAUGAUAACUGCUUUUGGAAUAAUGGGAAAUUUUGUGAAAUGCUGACCUUGUGUAUAUCUUAAAAUGCAAAUUUAAUAAAGUGUGUACACAUGCAUAAAA